UAAUUAAAAAUGUUAACAUUAAUGAUCGGUUUCAAUUUCCUAUUUUAUACCGGGUUGUGAAUGGAAAAUGUAUGGAAUUACAAGACCAAGGAUAUGGUGAAACUGAUAAAUCAAAAGGAUUAACAAAAGAAGAAAUUCAUCAGAUUUUAUUGUAUCUUAACUCAGGUGACCAAACAGCAAUGCGACUUACACAAAAAGCAUUUUUCUGGAAUGCAUACUUACUAGGAUUAUGUGGUGGACAUGAGAAAAACAAUCAGGGUGGACUUCAAGGUCAAAAUAAAUAUAGAAAAUUUUCUAGCCAACAUAUACAUAUUCCUGCAGAUUUGCCAAACAAUGAAUUUAAACCUAUACAAAAUCUUCAGAGUUAUGUAAAUUUGCGUCCUGCAGAUGCAU